AUAAACUUGUAUUUUUAGAAACCGCAAAGGAUUAUCAAGAUGGACGAAGACACCGAGGAAGGUCAAAAUUUUUACCAAUGAUAGGAUUCCUCAACGUUCAAUGUCCAUGGCCUCUACUAGCAGAAAGAAUUUAUAAAUUCGUACCAGGUUUUCCUAUAUUAUCGAACACGGCUUUCAACGAAGCUUCAGGGAAGAAGGGACGUUCAACAAUGGCCAGAAAUGUGUAUAAGAUUACAUCAAGUUCACAUUUGGUCGAUAAACAGCGACGUCUCAUUUUCUGCCUUGACCUUGCCAGGCUGUGUAGUCGUCGAUUAUAUAAAAAUGCAUAAAAUAUGAUAAAUUUGUGUUCCUACGUAAUUCUCACCUUUAUUACUAAAGGUAAACUAAACUAGGAAUACGAAUUUCGCCGCAUCUAUUUUAAAUGGUUGUGUUAAUUUAAAAACUUCUUGUUAAUAUUAUCAAAUUUUCAUAAGGGGGCACCAACGAUCUUCACGUUUAUGUACAGAUAAAAUAUGUUGAGCGAAAUUUAUUUUGUUUAGACGCAAAAACUGAACGUACGCGACUAUUUGUGAUUUGCAUAUCCUGCGCAGUGUAGCGAAUAAUAAUUUGUACAAAUUUUUAUUAGUGGCUGUUGUUGUGUUUUAUAUAAAGUACGUUUGUGGUUAUGUCCAACCGCUGGUAUUACGAGACAGCUGUUUCAAGUAUUUUAAUUCCAUAAUUCAAUAUGUCGGUGAACGGGUGAAUUUAAUUGCGCUCAAAAAGACAAAUUUCCUUUUCUUUUACUUGUCUACCUGCUUUCAAAAUGUUCACAUUGCUUUCUGGAUUAUGGCGCUACAUUUCUCAAAAGACGAGUACUACAUUCUCAUUUUGGGCUUAGAUAAUGCUGGCAAAACAACGUUACUAGAACAUAUAAAGAGAAAAUUCAACGAGGAUUACAAAGGCGUCGCUUUUGAAAAGAUCACAAAUACAGUUGGUUUAAAUAUUGGUAAAAUAGAGGUGUCUGGAAUUAAAUUAUUAUUUUGGGAUCUUGGUGGCGACAACGAUCUGCAAUCGCUAUGGGAUAAAUACUACGAGGAGUGUCAUGGUCUGAUUUAUGUUGUUGACUCUGUAGACCAACAAAGGUUACACGAAUCUGCCAAAGUAUUUAGUAGUGUGUUACAAAAUGAAAAUCUUCAGAACGUACCCCUCUUAGUUUACUUUAACAAACAAGACUCACAGAAUGCUAUAUCAGUAGAGGACAUAAAAGAUUCAUUUAAAGAUGUCACUCCCUACAUUGGACGACGUGAUUGCACUGUUCUACCAGUGUCUGCCAUAGAAGGAGACGGUGUAGAAAAUGGUAUAAAUUGGAUGGUUCGCUGUGUUAAACGAAACAUUUACAGACCAGCGCAUACCAAAAACAGACCUCCGGGAAGAAUAUUAUUAAGCUGAUUCAUAAGCUGAUAUAUUCUGGGUUAGUAAAGAGUCGAUGUAUUUGUCUGUCUGUUGGAUUUGUAACUUUUCUUUUGUACGUUGAUGUGUGUUCUAUUCCUCUAAAAAAAUAUUUUAUCUUGCUUCAUUUUAAGUCGUGUGUCGAUGUAUUCUAGCUUGAAUGAAAAGUUGUCGCUAUAGAAAUGGAUAUUUGUUGUUCAGCUGAUUAUUUGUCUUUGUCAGUCAUCUCAGCAUGCUUGUUUCUUCUCGGUGGGGUAAUAAAGUUUUUAACGAAAACAAAAUAUCAAUGUCGCUGCGAUCUUAUUCAUGUAUUAUUUCUUAAUCCCCGCAAAUGCAUAGGGCAUGUAGAAACAUGAAAUUUAAAACAAAUAAAAAAUAAAAGCGAU